AUGGAGCAGCGGUUAGAGACCGAAGAUUUGCACUCUGAAAGUACUGAUAUAUCCUCCUCAAUAGAUGCAGAUGAUUUGUUACAUAGUGGAGACUCUUCUCUUGGUGAAGCAGACAAACAGAUUAUGGAAUGGGCUGGGAAACUUGAGUUAGAAAGUAUAGAUCUCAGGGAAAAGUCGGAGAAAUUAAUAAAUACAUUGACAAAUAUGUCUCAAGAGCUAAUGAAAGUGAGCUCGCAAUUAGUGAAACAAUUAGAGAAUUGUAACCACAGCAAAGAAGAAGAUAUUGUCGACCAAGUCUAUAAGCUUGAUGUUAAUAUAAACAAUCAAUUACAAGAUUGGAAAAAAAGCUUUAGUGAUCAGUUGAAAAGUAUAAAUCAUAACAGUAAUUUAGGUCAAAUUAAAAACUUAACAGAGUGUAUGGCCAACCAAGAAGCCAACAUUCUUGGCGCAAUUAGACACAACAGUACUAUUUUGAAAGAUGAAUGCAGAGAUAUAAUAAAAUCACAAGAAUUAGCUGGCGCCCCAAAAUUGCAGAGAGCAGUGGAUUACCUACAUGAGAUUAUGCACAAUAUGUCAUGCCAAACUGAAUCUAUGAAUGAACUGUUACUUUCAAUUGACAAGCAGUUACAUAAUAUUGAUCUAGCUCUCAUUAAAGAAAAAGAUCAAUACAAAGUACAAUUUAAAGCUUUUAAAAGGAGCUUAAGAGAUAUGAUUACAUCUAAUCGUAAUAAUGUUGAAGACACUGUAGUAAAUACAGUGCAAGUAACUAUUGAAAGAAAAUUGGAGGAUAUGUUUGAUAAGAUGUUCGAUCAGAAAUUAUUGGGUAAGUUAAGACUUUUAAUUACCAAGGGAGAGAUACCAGUACCGGAGGGAAGUAAAUUAGCGAAUGCCAUUCCACUUAAUAGACAUACUAAUGACUAUGAUUUGAAUGGAACAACUUGGACAGAUUCCUCUUCCCAAGACGGACCUAGAACUCGAGCUAGAUUCAGAACCAAAAACAAAGUUACAAAGCCGCGGAAGUCAGAAAUUUCUAGGACUAUAAUACCAUGGUGUGAGAUUUCUUCUCCACCGGUCGAAUAUACAUCAGACUUGUGA